GUCUUCUUGACGAUGGGGACGAUGGAUGACCCGCUAAAUCCUACAUAGUCUAGAACGAGGAAUCCGAUGGUCUAAUUCGCACGUCUUGUGACCUAAUACGGUAAUAAAACGUCUAUUAAGUGGUCUAAUUUAGUUGCCAAGCCUUGGAAUUGGAGAACCCUUCUUACCCCAGCCCAAAAAGUCGAAUUUAACGGGGACUGAUAGAGCGAGUGCGGAGAAAUUACCCCGACGAGCCUUUCUUGGCUGGUACCUUAUAAACCUCGGGUCGUGAGCGUGGUACACACCGAGAUGUUCAGGCCCGUGUCGUGUACGCGUCGUGAGAGUAAGAGUGAGAAUAAAUCAUGCUCGGUCUGAAAUUGCGGCUCUCAGCCGGCUUGUUGCUGCUCAGUGCAGCUGCAGCACAGGCAAAGUACAUCGUACCUGGAGCUCGGUGGCGCGCAACUGACGGAAGUCUAGUUAAUGCUCACGCAGGCAGUGUCCUCUUCGACAAUGGGACGUUCUGGUGGUUCGGGGAGUAUAAGACUCAGGGACAGGCAGAAGGUGGUGGUGUAUCCGUCUACAGCUCCCCGGAUCUCGCUACGUGGACACCCCAUGGUCUUGCUCUAGAGCCAGUUCAAGGGGACCCUUAUAUUUCUCCCAAGAAUAUCAUUCAGCGGCCGAAAGUCGUGAAAAGCGAGUCGACGGGAAGAUAUCAUAUGUGGUGGCACGCCGAUAACUCUAGCUAUGGCCUCCUCCUUCAAGGCUUCGCAACGGCGGAUACAAUCGCCGGGCCUUAUACCUUUGAGAACGCUACGGCUCCUCUAGGAAACUGGUCGCAGGACUUUGGCCUCUUUACUGACUAUAAGGACGGUCGAUCGUAUGCUCUAUAUUCUAACGGCGAUAGCGUCCGUGGGAGAGACGUGUAUAUCACUUCAUACGAUAAACAAGUCGCAGCCCUUGACGAGGUCGUCCAUCGUUUUGACAAGUACGACCUCGAAGCACCGACCAUCAUCCAGACAGACAAGAGUUAUUAUGCUCUGAUGAGUCAUAAAACUGGAUAUAGGCCGAACAAUGUCGUUUGCUUCCGUGCGGACAGCUUGAGUGGCCCGUGGAGCCAGCCUUGGAUCGUUGCCCCGCUCAAUACCAGGACUUUCAACUCCCAGUCUGGCUUCACACUAAGGAUAAAUGGCCGAGGGAAGACGACGUACCUUUAUCUGGGUGACCAGUGGGAUUCGAACUCCAUCUGGGAAAGUCGGUACAUCUGGUUGCCCAUGAUAAUCGAUGACAACAAGAAAACGCUUGAAGUGGAAUGGCAUGAUGUAUAUGACCUAGACGUGAAAACGGCAGAUUGGCGCCCUGUGAAGGGCAAAGAGUAUUACGCGAAAGAUGCGACGGUCAGCGGAUCCGCAUUCAAGCAAGAAGCGAAUUUCGCUAGUGGUGGUACUAUAGUAACGGGGAUUGAGGGGAAUGAUAGCACCGUGACCUUCAAUGGUAUAAAGGGAACGGGCAAGCCUCAAUGGGUUUCUUUCUAUUAUCAGAACACUGAUGAUAUGGGCUUCGGGGACCAACCUGGUGGAAGCCCUGACCGAAUAGGUGGAUCAUGGCAACUCCGUCGUAUUAGCAGCGUUGUCGUAAAUGGAAACACAGAGAAUGUUGAGUCGUUAUUCCAGAGGGAUACGCAUAAGGGCAUCAUUCUAUCGACGCCGCUCCAGUUGACACUGGCGAAGGGAUCAAGCAAUACCAUCACAGUGGGCGGACUGUAUAAUGGGUUUCAUUAUAAGGGGGCAGACCUUGAUAAAAUAAUAGUCUAUCCACCCGAGGAUUAGACUAAUGGCGAUGGGCUCCUUGAGUUCCAACGUGUUAAUAGAUGUAGUUGGUUUGUUUAUAAAAGAAAAGGGGACGGCGGCAAUUGCCUCUAAAAAUGUAGGUGAUUUGUGAUCACCGCAAAUCGCACAGUUAGGCAGAAGGCACGACUCGAAGGUACUAGGAAGGUACUUGGUAGUACCUGCCCUCUUAUAUAUUCCGAAGGUAAACUCUACAGGUACAUCGUAC